CCAGGCUCGCCCUCCGAGGGGGCUGGGCGGCAGCAGGAUGUUCCUCAAGCUGGCCGUCGUGGUGCAGGUGCUGUCGCUGCUGGCAAGCCGGGCGCACGGCUUCCCGAAGCCCGGGGGCAAAGAUAAAGCUAUACACAACAGACAAUUAAGUGUAGAAAGACCUUUGGAGGAACAGAUUGCUGAAGCUGAGGCAGACAAGAAUAGGAAGAUAGCUUCCACAGAAAAUAAGCCAGAGUUCAGAAAUUAUUCCUUUGUCGAUGAUCUGAAUCUGCUAAAGUCAGUAGCAGAAAGAGAGAGGAAUGAAAAGGAGAGGGAGUCAAUUAGAAGCUCUUUGUACGAACAGCAACUGGCCAUGGAUGAUGCAGACUCCACCAAGAACCGCAGGCUUGUGGAUGACUAUGACUCCACUAAAAGUGGGGUGGAUUAUAAAUUCCAAGAUGAUCCAGAUGGCCUCCAUCAAUUAGAUGGCACUCCUUUGACUGCUGAAGACAUCGUUCAAAAAAUUGCUGCAAGAAUUUAUGAGGAAAAUGAUAGAGGAGUGUUUGACAAGAUCGUUUCAAAACUUCUAAAUCUGGGCCUAAUCACAGAGAGUCAGGCCUAUACCCUGGAAGAUGAAGUAGCAGAGGUUUUACAACAGCUAAUUGCAAAUGAAGCAAAGGACCGUGAGAAGGAGUCUGAAGAUUUUGAUUACCCUCCAAGCAGAGCAGAGAGCGAUACAAAAGAAAAGCAGCAGGAAAGAAUGACAUCAAGCAAAGCUGAUCAAGAUAGUUUCAUUAAUGGAGAGCUUGAUGAUACACUGGAUAACACAUGGUCAUCAUCUAAUAUCUUGGAAAGAAGAAAUGAGCUGCCCUCUGAAGAUAAUUUUGAAGACCUCCAAUAUUUUCCAAACUUUUACGCACUAUUAAAAAGCCUCAACUCAGAGACAGAGGCAAAAGAGAAAGAGACCUUGAUAACUAUUAUGAAAACCCUGAUUGAUUUUGUGAAGAUGAUGGUUAAAUAUGGAACAAUCACACCAGAAGAAGGAGUUUCCUAUCUGGAAAACUUAGAUACAAUGAUAGCUGAGCAGACAAAGAAGAAGCUUGAGAACCCUUCCAUGAAAACCAGAACAAAGCUACCAGCAGACAAGAGUAGUGAAGAAGCAGACAGUACAAAAGAAGCAGCAGCUAAAAUGGAAAAGGAAUAUGAAAUUUCAAAGGAUUCUACAAAAAAUGAAGAACAAAAUGCAGCAGGAAACAGUGAAGAGCCCAGAGGGAAAGCUGAGGCAUAUUUGGAAGCAAUCAGGAAGAACAUAGAAUGGCUGAAAAACCACAACAAACAAGGUAACAAAGAAGACUAUGAUCUUUCAAAGCUGAGAGAUUUCAUUGACGAGCAAGCCGAUGCUUACGUGGACAAGGGCAUCCUGGACAAGGAAGAGGCUGAUGUAAUUAAACGCAUAUACAGCAGCCUGUAAAAAGCUAGUGGCUGCCAAACAUGUAGAAAACUAGGAUAGUUUCCCUCACUCCCAGCUCAAUGAGUUAUGAUCUGUUAAUUUGAGGAUAUCAUUAGAAAUGCUCUGUUUACAUUGUACUGACAACUUUCUAGACAAAUGAAGAGCUGUAGUGCUCCCUACACUGAUUGCAUACUGUAUUUUCCUACACUCAAAUCAACCCUAAAUGCCAAAUUCUGACACUGAAUUUCUAUUUGAUGGGGCAAAUACUUAUGUAACGUUCUCUUUGAUUUAUUGUUUGUGUUUGGUUUACUUUUGUAGAUAAACCAAUUGUUUGUGAUGGAAAGUUCUUUUAAUGCUACUUCUUUUUGCUCUCACUCCACUAGCUUUCUAUAGAUGCAACUAUGUAAAGGGCAUUAUUAGAAGAUAGUUCAUAGUUCUCUAAAUAAAAUAUUUGAAAAUAA